AUGGAUUCAGACGAAGGGAAGCUAUUCAUCGGAGGAAUAGCAUGGGACACCACCGAGGAAACCCUCAGAGAUUACUUCAGCAAGUACGGACAUGUCUCUCAGACUGUUAUAAUGCGCGACAAGACCACCGGCCGUCCACGUGGCUUCGGCUUCGUAGUUUUCUCAGAUCCUUCCCUUCUCGAUUCUGUUCUUCAAGAUAGGCAUACUAUUGAAGGCCGAACUGUGGAAGCUAAGAGGGCGUUAUCGAGGGAAGAACAGCAAACGUCUAGACCUGCAGGCAAUGUUGGGAGGAGCUCCGGUGGGUCAGGGACAGGAGGAAAUUACAGAACCAAAAAGAUAUUUGUUGGCGGUUUACCUUCCACCUUGACAGAGGACCAAUUCCGUCAAUACUUUGAAACUUAUGGUGAUAUAACGGAUGUAGUAAUCAUGUUUGACCAAACCACCAACAGACCUCGUGGAUUUGGUUUCAUAUCAUUUGAUACAGAAGAUGCUGUUGAUAGAGUUCUUCAAAAGACCUUCCAUGAACUCAACAAUAAGCUUGUUGAGGUGAAACGAGCACUUCCUAAAGACGCUAAUCCUGGCAGCAGUGGCAGUGGCAGUGGCGCACGUGGUGGUGGAUAUCAAGGUAGCAAUUCCAGCUCAUAUGAUAGUCAAAUGGAUGGUAAUAGAUUCCUGCAACAAACCACCGGUGGUGGCUACCCAACAUAUUCCGGGUAUGGUCAACCAAGUUAUGGUUUUGGAGGUGGAUAUGGAAGUUAUGGUGUUGGUGGUUAUGGUGGUGGCGGCUAUGGUGGUGCAUACGGGAACCCUGGUUAUGGAAAUCCUGGUGCAGUGAAAACCCAGUGGGGUGGUCAAAGUUCUGGUUAUGGUCCAAAUAUGGGUUAUGGAGGAGGUGGUCCCACGGCCUCUGCAUCAAUGGGUCAAUCUGCAGGUGGAGCUUCUGGGUAUGGGGGUCAAGGUUAUGGUUACGGAAACUAUGGUGGUAAUGAUGGCUACAAUGCUGGGUAUGGUGGUGGUGGUGGUGGGUUUGGGGCAGGAGGUGGUGGUGGAGAUCAGCAAGGGGGAGGUGGUGGCGGUAGCAAUAUGGAGGGUGGGUAUAACGGGCAAACAGGUUACUAGAAGUUUGUAUGUCAUUUUUUUAAAGUGUGGUUUGUAGGUCGAAAUAUGUGUAGCUCAAGUUUGCAAUAGUUUGUUUGUAUGUGUUCCAUUUAUCAAUUGCUUUCAUCUUUUUUCAUUAUUAAGUUUGAGUUGCAG